AACCUGUUGGGGAAUUUUCAAAAAGGUUUAGCUCAACUAUUGGGGUUUUAGUCAGAGAGAGUGUCCCGAUCAACAUACAAAAUUGGACUGCUGUGGAUGGUGUAACUAAGAACAGUGUCUGGGGUCUUUUGAUGCAAAAAUAUGUAGUGGAUCUGACUCAUAAGACAUUUAUCUUACAACAAAUGGGAAGGCUAUGGAGAGCUUGGAAAUCUGAUCUCUCGACUAACAUCAAAAGAAUUGUAGAUACUAGAUGCACUAAGUCAGAAACUACAAGGCUACUUGGCAUUCUGAAGCCCUCUGAUGUGCCACAAAAAGAGUGGGAUGAGUUCGUGGCAGACCGUAGUUCAGAGUCAUGGCAAGAAAAGAGUGAGAAAAUGAAAAAAAUAAGAGCAAAUCAGACUUUAACACACACAAUGAGCCGAAAAGGUUAUGCAAGGUUGGAAGAUGAAUAUAAAAAGGAAAAUCCUGGAAAAUCAUUGAGUAGGGCAGAAUUAUGGAUUAAAGGACACGAGCAGAAGAAGUCAAAAAAUGAGCAUGUGGCUGCCAAAAUUAUUGAAAUACAAGCUAAACUUGAUGCGCAACCACCUAGUGAAGGGCGUAUUCCGAUAAAAUAUGAUACACUAAGUCAGGUUCUUGGUAAGGAGCGUCCUGGCCGUGUUAGAGGUUUGGGAUCAGGGGUUACACCUUCAAAGGUAGAUGCUCAACUAGAAAGUAGCUCAUGGAAACAAACAUUAGAGAAUAAAAUUGAUGCAAUGAGUGAGCGCACAAAGAUUCUGGAGGAUAUAAUUUUAAAGAUGAGCCAAAAUGGGAAUGGUGGUGGUGGUGGUGAUGGUGAAAAUAUGCAUGCUGAUUCUGUUGGUACUCCACAAAAUGGGCAUGGACAUGGUGAAGGAAGUAUGAACCUUGGUACUGGAAAUUCUAAGUCAGAACAAGAUAGCACCCAACUUUCUAUUAACGAUAAGUGCAAGUUGCUAAACUGGGAGGGCACAAGUGAAGUAGUGGCUAGAGGAUACAUUUCUGAUAUUAACCCUGAAUCAAAAGUGCAUGGCUACAAACUUGGACCUGGCUGUUAUAGAAUUGCUAUUGAGGAAGUUGUCAUGUCUGAUGCUGAAUUUUAUCGAAGUCAGCCGGAAUUUGUGACUAUGGAAGAUGCACUUGGAAGUACUGUUGCUUGGCCGAUUAAGUACAUUGUCUGUGACAAUUGAAAUUGUAUCUGCAACUAGUUUUUUGUUUUUUUUUUUUUGUACUUUGAAUUGAAAUAGUAUAAGCAGCUAUAUAUAUAAGUAUUUUGUACUUUGAAUUCGAUAACAAUGUGUGAUAUAUUCAAUGUUGGAUUUAUAUAAUAUUUGUUUUUAAUUAAAUAUUAAAUAAAUUGAAUAAUUUUUUUUUUCAAAAUUUUAUUUAUCUUAUGACACUUUGUAAAUGUCAUUGAACAUAUGAGCAUGACAUUCACAAAACGUCAUUAAAACAUUUUUCAAUGACAACUAAAAAACGUCAUGGAAAUACUUUCUAUGACAUUUUCAAACCGUCAUGGAAAUAUGUUUUAUGAUGUUUUCAAACUGUCAUGCAAAACUUUCUAUGACGUUU